AUGGCAGGAAGCCCGCGGGAACAAUGGGAGAGGCUGCAGGUCAUUCUCCAGCAACGAGCUAGAGCUGGUGGCGGCGGCGGUGGUUUCCGGUUUGGAGGAGGUGCGCCUUUUGGAGGCUCAGCUGCUGCGAUUGCUCUGCUGGUAGCUGGCGGAUAUGCGGUGUCGGCAUCUCUCUUUAACGUCGAUGGUGGUCACCGAGCUAUCAAGUAUUCGAGGAUAUCCGGUGUGAAGAAAGAGAUCUACAACGAAGGAACGCACAUUCAAAUCCCAUGGAUCGAAACACCCGUUGUUUAUGAUGUUCGUGCAAAACCAAGGAAUGUUGCGUCCUUGACCGGAACGAAGGACUUGCAAAUGGUCAACAUCACAUGUCGUGUUUUGUCGCGACCACGUGUUGAGGCUUUGCCCCAAAUCUACCGAACACUUGGCAAGGACUUUGAUGAGCGAGUUCUGCCAUCUAUUGUCAACGAGGUCUUGAAGAGUGUCGUUGCCCAGUUCAACGCCAGUCAAUUGAUCACACAGCGAGAGAACGUGGCACGUCUUGUCCGUGAAAAUUUGGCCCGGAGAGCAGCCCGCUUUAAUAUCACAUUGGAUGAUGUCUCCUUAACUCAUCUUGCAUUCUCUCCCGAAUUUACGGCUGCUGUCGAAGCCAAGCAGGUUGCUCAACAAGAAGCCCAAAGGGCAGCUUUCCUUGUCGACAAGGCCCGUCAAGAGAAGCAAGCUACCAUCGUCCGAGCCCAGGGUGAGGCCCGCUCUGCAGAACUUAUCGGUGACGCCAUCAAGAAGAGCAAGAGUUACGUUGAACUGCGAAAAAUUGAGAACGCACGGAAUAUUGCCCAGAUUCUUCAGGAAUCCGGUGGUAAGAACAAGCUCUACCUUGAUACUCAAGGCUUGGGCUUGAACGUCAACGCUGGCAGCGAGGUCGAAAAAUAG